AAAGCGCCGAGUGACUUCGCGGGAAAGAGAGAGAGGAGGGGGUGCAGGGAGGAUUAUUUGUGCUCCAUACAGCGUCGGUGUUUGUAUUUCGACAACAGAGCAUUUCACCUUUUUUUUUUCCCCCUCUCUCUUCAAAAUGCCUAAAAGGUCGUGUCCUUUCACCGACUCGUUUUCGACACAGUAUAAAAUCCAUGUUGGACAAAAGGAGCUCCUGCAUGGAGUUUUCGGAAACAAGUACAGACAGGAAGUUUACGAAAAGACCAAGAACCUGCUCUUCAGUGGCACCCGAGCAGUCAUGGGGCGAAUUUGGAAGGUGGAUGCCGAGGGGAAGUGCUCUGAUGUGGACGUGUGCAAUCAGGGUGUUGUGACUCCUGCAAAUAAUCAGCUGCUACUCCGAGGACAGACUCUGAUCGGGUUUGAUGGGAAACUGAAGAAAGCCAAAGCAGUUUCAGGCAGUGCGAUCGCUCCGGCUGUAUGCGCCGUGUGUCAGAGGUCCUCAGGAGUGCGGACGGCUUGCUCUCAGUGCGAUCGCCCUGCGUGUCCUGCCUGCAUGCAGCAGUGCAGCAGCUGUUCCAGCUCCUGCUGCUCUGUCUGCACGAUCACAGAUUACACAGACCGCUAUGACCGGAUCCUCUGCUGUAGCUGCUCUUCAUGCUGAAACUGAUACAUAGGUGGACCAGUCCGAUGGCUGAACGAAUGGAAAUAUUUGUAUUUUGCUUGUAAUAGUUUAGUGCAUUCCACACUGUAAAUGAAUUUUAUACAGCUUUUACGUCUAUAUAAUCUGUGUGUACAUAUGUGUUUUAAUCAUUUAAAUAAAUACUUGAACAACUUCA